UUGGUCAUGAAAAUGUUGUGAUUUGUUUCAAAUCAAACAAAUUUAAUAAUUUUAUUAGAAAAAUUCACCCAUUACUUUUAUUUGGUAAUAAAAUAUAACCCAUAACCCAUUACAAAGAAAAACGAAGAUAAAAGACAUAAGUGAUGUUUGGAGUGAAAAUUUAUUGUUCCCCAGAAGAAAAAGAAGAAGAGCGGUGAAGAAGAAGAAGAAAGUUGGAGAGAGUGAGAGAAGAUGUUGUUUCAGGUGGGAGGCCAAGGGACUCGUCCCACCUUCUUUGAGAUGGCGGCUGCUCAGCAGCUCCCCGCCAGUCUCCGCGCCGCUCUCACCUAUUCCAUUGGCGUAUUGGCUUUGAGAAGACCGUUCCUCCAUAAGGUUUUGGACUAUGAAGACGAAUUUUUUGCAUUGCUUAUGCUAAUUCUUGAAACUCAUAGCUUACGAACUACAGAUGCUUCUUUUUCUGAAUCAUUAUAUGGGUUACGAAGGAGAGCUGUAAAUAUAAAAGUAAAGAGGGAUGAUGCUCAUGCGAGCUCAGGUGGUGAGAUCCAUCAUUCUGGAUUACAAAAGCGCCAAAGAGUUCUUUCAGUUGUAGUUCUGGUUGUGCUACCGUAUUUUAAGUCAAAGUUGCAUUCGAUCUACAAUAAAGAAAGGGAAGCCAGGCUUCAAGCAAGUUUAUGGGGAGAUGGGGAUGAAAGAUUUGACGAUGUUGACAUAAUUGAUACCGAAGAGAGUUCUCUUAUUUCAAGAGGAAGCUCUGAUGCAGAUGCAUCAGUUAGGACACGUCUUGCAAAGAGGAUUCAGAAAAUUGUAGGUGCUUGCUACCCAUGGUUACAUGCUAGUAGUGAAGGGUUAUCAUUUGCUUAUCAGCUGUUAUAUUUGUUGGAUGCUACCGGGUUCUAUUCCUUAGGAUUACAUGCACUUGGGAUUCAUGUCUGCCGAGCUACUGGCCAAGAGCUGAUGGAUACUUCAUCUAGAAUUUCAAAGAUAAGAAGUCGUGAACGUGAGAGACUCCGUGGCCCUCCAUGGUUAAAGGCAGUACAAGGAGUGUUGCUCAGCUGUACAUACACAGUGCUUGAUUAUGCACAGACUGGGUUGAUUGCAGCAGUGUUCUUUUUUAAAAUGAUGGAAUGGUGGUACCAGUCUGCUGAGGAAAGAAUGUCAGCUCCAACUGUAUAUCCCCCACCCCCACCUCCUCCUCCCCCGCAGGUUGCCAAAGAGGGCAUUCCACUGCCACCGGACAGAACACUUUGUCCUUUAUGUUCACAGAAGCGUGGGAAUCCUUCUGUAGUUACAGUUUCAGGGUUUGUCUUCUGCUAUGCCUGCAUAUUCAAGUAUGUUUCUCAGUAUAAGCGCUGCCCGGUAACUUUGAUGCCUGCCACUGUUGACCAGAUUCGGAGGCUCUUUCAUGAUAUGUAGAAAAUCAACAGAGAAUGCUGGAAAGCCUCAAGAUAAUCACAUAAAUGCUAGAAUCAAUUUCUUUUGUACUAAUAUUACGCUAGAAUUUAAGUUAAAUUAGUUAAAAAUUUUGUAUCCUUUCCUGGCUAGAGAAAAAUAAAUUAUUUUUAUUUUUGAUGUUACCUAGAAUUUAACUUAAAAAAAAAAAAUAAUAAUUGUAUCUUUUCCUGGCUAGAGAAAAUAAAUUAUUUUUAUCUUUGA